AUGGCCGAAGCGUUUCCUGCCAACAAUGGCAUGACUUCAUUCUGGCGUACCGAACCUCAUUUUCUCGAUAGUCAUCGCUCAACCGAGGGGCUGCCUGAUGCUAGUGAUAUUGUCAUUGUUGGGGCAGGAUAUGCAGGCGUAUCAACUGCAUACCACUGUGGCCAUCUGAAACCUGAUGUAUAUUACCAAGUCAGUGCCUUGGCAGAUAAGUAUGGAAUUGACGCAGCAGAAGAAGUGGCCGCUUUUGAGUUGGCGCAUAUGGCAGCGGUUCAGUCUUGUGUAGAAGAGGAGAAGAUCGAUUGUGACCUAGAAUUCGGCAAAGUCAUUGAUGUGCAGCUUGAUGAUAAUCACUGUGCCAAAAUCAAGACGGGUUACGAAUCUCUUCUUGCUCAGGGAGCCCUUACAGCAACGGAGGCCGAUUUCAGUCCAAAAGAGACUGCGGAAGCUGUGUCUGGCGUGAAAGGCGCCCGGGGCUGCUUUCGCUGUCGCACAGGGCGACUUUGGCCAUAUAAAUUUACCACCCAACUCUUGGAGCGAACUGUGUCGGCCGGCGUCAACCUUCAAACUCAAACACCCGUGCUCCGCAUAUCUGAAACCCCUGACGUUGAUGGACGUUGGACUGUCGUGACUAGCCGAGGUUCGGUUCGAGCAAAAUGGAUUGUUUUCUCCAGUAAUGCAUAUACACCUGCCAUCGCUCCCGAAUACAAAGGCAAGAUUGUCCCUGUACGGGGGGUCUGUAGUCGGAUUGUGGUGCCCAACCUACCGAAAAAUCCGCUGAAUUGCUCUUACACAUUGCGUUUCAAUGCCUGGGACUAUGACUAUCUGAUCCCCCGACCGGAUGGCAGUAUUGUUGUUGGCGGGGGAAAGUCCACGUUUUUCCAUGACUCCAGCGAGUGGUACAACAAUACGGACGACAGCAGAUUGAUAGAGUCUGCUACGCGGUACUUUGACAAUUACAUGCAACAGCACUUCCACGGUUGGGAGGACACAGGGGCAUAUACCGACCGUGUUUGGACGGGAAUAAUGGGUUAUAGCACCGACUCCUUGCCGCAUGUUGGACACAUCCCAAACAAACCUUGCCAGUUGGUGAUUGCCGGCUUUAACGGCCAUGGAAUGCCACAAAUCUUCCUCUCAGCACAGGCGAUUGCGCAGAUGGUUAUCUGUGGAGCUACGUAUGAGGAGACGAAGUUACCGCGAUUGUUCAAGACCACCCCGGAACGGCUGAGCAGCCCAGAGAACCACAUCCGGACACAUUUGGAGGCUAUUUGA